AUGGAUGCCUUGGCUAUCGUUGAGAUGAUUCUUCUUGUGACCUAUGUAUUGACCGGGAUAUCGGGAAACGUUAUCAUCAUAUAUAUCUACGGAGUUAAAAAGAUUCGCAAAAUAUCGACUGAUUACCUGAUCGUAGCGCUUGGGGUCGCUGAUCUCGUAGCGUCAGCAUGUUUAAUCGCCGUUGUCACUUGGACGAUCGAAGACGGUUUCCGAUCUGACGAUGGUUGUAAGUUAGUCAUGUUUAUCCGUAGAUGUGGGGCCGUGACUUCAGUAGCGUUCACCACGUUACUCUCAUGCGAUCGCUUUCUCAUCGUAUGCCAACCACUCAGCAAACGACCUUCACUAAAUAUCUACAUAGUGGCGAUCUUAGUUUGCGUCAUUUACACUGCAGUGUCCCAAAUAUCUUAUCCGCUCUUUGCAAAGGCCAUUGACGUCUCCGAUUCAACCGCAUGUGCUUUGGUGGGACCAGUGUGGCUUGGAUUGGCAAACGGAAUUCAUUAUAACAUCUUGCUUGGUAUUGCAACCCUGACAUGCACGUUGAUGUACUCAAAGAUCUACUUGAAAAUCAAGCAUCACAGGAGAGUGGGAAGUGACAGUCGAGGACAGGAUGAAGCCAAAGGAGAUGAUAAGUCAAGAUCUUUGUGGUCUCAUUCUAAACGAAGUGUCCUCUCACGAAACAGAAUUGCUCCUGAGGAUAGCAACUACCCUAGUUGCUCGGCUGCUGAUAUGUUGAGUGGGCAUGAACGUGCGGUCAGUACCUUGGUGGAGGAACCAUCAACGGAAGUCAUUACCAAAGCGUUGCCCCCCGGAGUUUACUUCGAAACGACGUCAUCACCGCCAAUUGGACCAAUAUGUCAGAUGAGUGAACUUGAAAGCCAUAAGAACUUUGGUCAACAGGAUUCUGCUAACAGCUGCAAAGACAGUCCCAGUGGUGAAACCCGCUGUGAUGUAUUGAAUAUGGACAAACAAGAGAAAGUUCUAUCCGAACCUGAUAGCACCAGUCCCUUUGGUCCGUUCCUAGAUGAAACAGUGACAGCGUCUAGCUCAAUUCCUGGUAACCAGAAGACAUCCCCAUCUAACCUUGGUAUUGCAAAUGAAGGACCCCGUAAAAACUCUCACCGUACAUUUAAGUCCAAAGAUACCAGGGUCCUUCUUUUCAAGGACAAACAGGGACAAGGAGAAAUGUCCGAACCAGAGAGACAUGUAGACAAGGCCACCUCGUUAAAGCGAAGGUUCUCCAAACUCGCACUUUCCCGAACAGGGACAAACCAUCGCCCACGUAAAGACGCAAUGACCCGGAUGCUCUUAAUCACGACCGCUAUCUUUUUCUUUACAUCUGUGCCGGCGAUCAUCUUCGAAAACCUGCCUUUAGCUUUGGUGAAAUCGUUUCGAAGUUCGUACGCGGGAGACUGUACCGUGGUGCUCUUGUAUCAUAUUCGACUCAUCAACCACGUCAUUAAUGUGUUCGUUUACCUCAUCGUAAACUCUCGCUUUAGAAAGGACAUGAGGAAUAUCUUUUGUAAGCGUAGCGAGGAAUAA